UUUUUUUUAAAAAAAUAUAAAAUUACAGUGCCAGUAUUAAGAUUGAACCCUAAAGACUAUUUACGUUUAUGUGGGGGAAAUUUUUUUUUAUUGAAUUCUUUAAUAAGAUGCCUGUCGACAUUCUCAUUCAUUCACGUCAUCUGGAUUCAAUAAAGUCCAGUUCCUCCUGAUUCAACAUCCGUUUGGUUUUCUUUCAAUAGUCUUCGCUGGGUCCAGUGAUAUGAGCUAGGUCUAUGCGCAACCUAAGUCUGUGUUGAAUUUGGAGCCAGAGGGUUCUGGUGGGAAAUGUUCAACUAUGGCUUUUGGCCCACAUGUGAGACACAAACGCAGCCUUGACACCGAGAAAGACAAUGCAAGGGAAACAACUUCGACCGGUGUCCUCCCUUCUCCCUCCCCCCUUCAUGCCUGAGACGUGCGGCAGACGCACGGACAGGUAGGAGUCCUGUCCCGCCUGCCCACGCUCCUCACCUAAGAAAGAAACCACGCGCCUCCCCGUGCUCGUGCGUCCUGGGGGAGGUUCCACUUACCUCCCUUGCGUUAAACACUCCUUGAAUCGUUACGUUAUCAUAAACAGUCCGGCUUCGGGGGGGCCAUAAUCGCCUCUCUCGGGGUUUUGCCGAGGCUCCUCAUUGGACGUCAACACGCGACCGGCGCGAGGAGGGGGGCUCCCAGGCGCGUGCCGCUUUUUAAACCGACGCCGCGCCUCUGGACACCAGAGAAGGAGUCCCGCACGCGACCGUUAUAUCCACAAAGUGCGACAGCACAGCAGUGCGUGCCUCCAACAAGUUCUCCCUCUCGACGCUACCCGUCGGUCAUAACUUUGCCUCGCUGCUGGUGUUUGGGGAAACAUGGAUGCCCUAAGUGUGGACGACUGGAGCAAAGACGCACUCGAGGCGGUCCUCGGCUCGCGGCAGCAGAGCUCCAGCCUGGGAGAGAGGGCAGGGGAGCAGGAGCCGGAGGAGUCCCGCUACGAGCCCGGACUGUCGCUCGUGGACAGCGGCAGUGACCCACGCGCCUGGCUGGCCUCGGUGCAGCCGCCUGGCACCUGCGCGGCACACGCCACUUCACCCGACUACCUGCGCCUCUCGCCCUGCCCCAGCACCGGUUCCUACAACGAGAGCGACUCCCCGGGGUCAUCGGGCCACCCCAGCCCUCCCGGCUACAGAAAAUCCGCCAAGAGCCCCUCCUCUUCUUCGCUCAAGGUCCGGGACCUGUGCCGUCUCAAGGGCACCGUCACCGGGCCCGAUGACGAGGCGCUCGCGAGACAGAGAGCCCCGUCCAGCAAACCGGCCAACGGCGUCCACAAGCAGAGGCGCGUGGCCGCCAACGCGCGCGAGAGGCGGCGGAUGCACGGGCUCAACCACGCGUUCGACGAGCUGCGCAGCGUCAUCCCGGCGCUGGACAACGACAAGAAGCUCUCCAAAUACGAAACUCUGCAGAUGGCGCAGAUCUACAUCAACGCCCUGGCUGAUCUGCUCGAAGGUCCGGUGUCAUCCAACAGCGGCAACGCCGACAUUUCCAACUCCAACUCCAACUCCUCCUCCAACAACAACAACAACAACAACUCGCCAGUCAGUGACACUGUGCUUUCCUCCGCCGUUGGCUUUGAGGGAGGGGGAGACCGGGCCUCCCCUUCCCCGACAACCUGCCGGACAGCGGCGGCGGCGCCCGGCUCGGACAGCGCCUCGCCUGUCCGCGCCAACGGGACGCCCUUCCGUUCCUCCUUCGACAGCGACGCGUUCGCCGCCUUGGUGGAAGAAGCGAUGUGCUCGCCCUCCCCGUCGCCCGCCACCCGGCUGGGCAGCUCACUGGCACCGGUCGGCGGAAGACAAGAGUCUCCCCGGAGCGAUGGGGAGUUUUCCCCGCACUCUCACUUCAGUGACUCCGAUGAAAUCGCGAUGGAGCUCCACUCGAGCGAAGAGGACGACCUUUCAGAACUCAAGCUGCCCCGCGGCCAUCACCAUCACCAUCAUCAUCACCAUCACUCUGUUUCUUUCCAAAUAGCCUAAAUAGAAUUUAAAAACUGGUUCACUCCCGCCGACAACAACACAAUGUCUAUCCGUGUCCAUAUCUGUUGUCAACAAAAAACAAACUGCAUUUUUAAGAGGAUAGAAAUGUUUCCUUUUUUUUCUCGAAAUAGUCAUGUUCAAUUUUGAACAAUAAUUCUAUUUUACCAACUUGUUGCAUAGUCUAAAUAUGUUUGGUUUUUUUUAAAUGUGAUAUUGCCCUAAUUCGGUUCUGCCAAUAGAUGUAUAGCCUGUAAUCUCCAGUUUCCAUGGAGACGUGGCUGGAAGACCCCUCUGCCAUGUCGCGCGCAGCACUGCCACGGGUAUUCCCCACGUAACUCCGACCAAAAAGUUGUCUUCCACAAAAUCAUACUUGUAUGAAUAAUUGUUUAUAUUUGAUAAUGUAAAAAAGUUGAUAAUGUUAUCAAAUGUUUUUUGUUGUGAUUUAUAUUUGUAUUUGCUAAUUUGUUUGUAAUAAUGUAUGUUGUUUUGCAACUUCAAAAGUUCAUGUGCACUUUAAAAAAUAUUCGAGCCAGAGGCUUGAGAAAUGCGAUUUUUUGUUUUCAAACCAUAAACGAAAAUGUUCUUUUGAUUUGUGUGAUAUAGCGUAGUGCUGCCAAUUCCGUCCACAAAAUAGCCUAUUUAACGUAGCCAUCAAUGCUGCCUGCUUUUUGUAUUUUCUUUUUGUAUAUUCUGAUGAACUUGUGUCUUUUGCUUUCACUGGAUGAGAUUAAUUGACAUGUAUUUAUUGCUACUUUUAAUUUUGAUUUGCUUUAUAUAACUUCGUAGU